AUGGCCGGGCUUACUGUGUCUUCUCGACAUCUUCUCAAUUCCCUCCAAGAAGAAGACAAACACCAGGGAACUAUCCCAGUCUCUCAGGAGAAAGAGAAACAGAACAGAAUCUCUUCCAUACUUCUACGCGGAGGGAUGCACCUUGCGCGGAACUCCCUUUCCGCGACUGAUGCUGAGAGUGCCGCCCGUCUCGGUUCGGAUCAGGUCGUGGCGGAGUGUGAUGUCUUGAUACCAGAUCAAGAUGAUGACGACUCACAGGGUCUAUCGGAAAGCUACACGAUAGAAAGCCUCGAAAUCUUAGAGACGAUUAUCCACAAGGAAAUCCGGAAGCACAGCUGCAAACGGCGGCUGGGAGUAGUUGCUGCCGAUCUGGAGAGACAGGCCUCGAUGUUUCAACAGUUGUGUUUCAAAACUCUGAAAGAGGCGCUUGUCUUCUUCCUUGUCACUAGGAAUUGGCUCCAGCUGCUGACAGAAAUCCUCGAGGUGGAGAGAGCCACGGUCUUUUUGUGGGACUCUAAUCAGGGCGAGCUCUAUUCGCGGUGUGCCACUGGGGGCCUAUCACAAGCCAUCCGUCUGAAGAGUGGCUGCGGGAUUGCCGGCGUCGUGUACGCAACCGGUCAGCCGAUGAUUGUGGAGAAAGCGUACUGCCACCCUAGAUUUAAUCCUGUGAUCGACAAAAAAACACAUUUCCGGACGAGGAACAUCUGCUGUGUCCCCCUUCGGCUAGGCGACAAGCCCCUUUCUCGACAAUGCUGA